AUGAGCGCGGCGGCGGCGGCUGCGCGCGGAUUAUUGGCUCGAAUCGGCUCAUCGCGCCCAUGUUGCCCAGCGCAUGCCGGUGGCCAGCAGACGCCCAUCCGUGUCGCGAAGCUCGGAAACCGCGCUGUGGACAGUGACUAUGCCUUUGAAAUGAUCUUCUCGACGCUGCGUUUUGGCCGCGGUGUGACGCAGGAGAUUGGGCAUGAUCUGCGGACUCUCAAAGCCCGGAAAAUCCUGGUGGUCACGGAUCCGGUGGUGGCGAAUACGGUGGCUUUCGAACAAGUUCAUCAGUCUCUGAAGCGCCACGAGAUACCGUUCACCGUUUUUGACGAUGUGAAAGUGGAACCGUCGGAUGCCAGUCGUUCCCAGAUUCCCGAGCGUCCGAUGCUUCCAUUAAUUGCCGUGCCGACCUCAGCGGGAACCGGAAGUGAGACGACAGGCGCGGCAAUCAUGGAUUUCCCAGAACACGGAUGCAAAAGCGGGAUCAGACUGCGUUGUAUUAAGCCUCUGUUAGCUCUUGUGGACCCGUUAAACGUGAUGUCAAUGCCAAAAUACGUGGCCGUAUACUCGGGAUUUGAUGUGCUUUGCCAUGCACUUGAGAGCUACACAGCAUUACCAUACAAUGAGCGUGUUCCCCGGCCUCGUUCUCCCGCCGAGCGCCCGCUGUACCAGGGAUCGAACCCGGUCAGCGAUGUCUGGAGCUUACACGCUUUGCAGAUAAUCUCGAAAUACUUCCGCCGCUCCGUUUUUGACCCAAGCGACGAGGAGGCGCGCACACAGAUGAUGCUCGCCGCCUCAUUUGCCGGAAUUGGUUUCGGAAAUGCCGGUGUUCAUAUUGCGCACGGCCUCAGUUAUCCUAUCAGCUCUCAGGGAAAGCGCUACACCGAUCCGGAUUACCCGAAAAAUUCCCCACUAAUUCCACACGGCCUUUCCGUUGUUACAACCGCGGCUGCCGAUUUUGAAUUCACGGCCCAUGCCUGCCCAGAUCGCCAUCGCCAAGCCGCCAUUGCGCUAGGAGCCGAAAUUCCGAUCAGCGCCAAGCCCGAGACGAUCGGCAAGAUUCUCGCCGACGAGAUUCGUGGUUUCGCGCGCGAUUUUAAGACACCAAACGGCUUGACGGCGCUCGGCUUCGACGUGUCGGAUUUGUACCUGUUUGUCUUCAACCCUGAACGUGAAGAGGAUCGUCUCGUACUCGAUUUCCAUAAAAGGGCCACCACUGAAGAACUCAUCGAUAGAGUACUGCAUAUGAGACAUGACCUUGUCGAGCAGACGGCGGACGAGAUGGAGCUGGUCGAGGUGAUGGGCACUCCGGAUGGCCAUACUUUUAAGGAGCGAAAACUGGAUGCUGGAGAAUACCCGGUGGCCGUGCAAUCGCUAUGGGGAGGACGAGCACUUUCUGAUGCUCAGGCGCCAAAGCAUCGAUUUGUGUUACGGCAUAAGGGAGUCCGUUCUGUGUCUCGUUUCGGAUCGGCUGAAGCUGCCUCGGCGAUUGAUGCUUUUUUGGCGAAAUUUUUGACGCAACCACAGGAUCGAGAAUACGCGGAUUUGUGCAAUUUGCCGGAGUUGACGGAACAGACGCUGCUGGAUAAUUUGAGGGACAGAUUCAACAGCGGCCACAUCUACACUUACAUUGGUCCAAUUUUAGUGGCCGUCAACCCGUUCAGCUUUUUCCCGAUUUACAACCCGAAAUACGCGAGAUUGUACUGUUCAUCGGCUCUCGGAUCUCUGCCUCCUCACAUCUUUGCCAUUGCGGAUGUCACCUAUCAUAAUAUGCUUCGAAUCAAGGAGAACCAAUGUGUCGUGAUUUCAGGAGAAAGUGGAUCAGGAAAAACUGAGUCGACGAAUUUUUUGCUACAUCAUCUCACCACAUUGUCACAAAAAGGAUCCACGGGGUGUUCGGUGGAGCAAACGUUACUAUCGGCUGGGCCUGUACUUGAGGCUUUCGGCAACGCGGUGACGGCGCAGAACAACAACAGCUCGCGGUUCGGCAAGUUCAUCAAGGUCAAUUACCGAGAAAAUGGCAUGGUUUCUGGCGCCAACGUGGAAAUCUACCUGCUCGAAAAGUCGCGCAUCAUCUCCCAGGCCGUAGGCGAGAGGAACUACCACGUGUUCUACUAUCUAUUGGAGGGGGCCACAGAAGAGGAAAGGAAGGAAUUCUUCCUUAUGAAACCGGAUGACUAUAAUUAUUUGAACCAGAACGCCUACGAGCCGACGGAGGGUGUGAAUGAGAAGUAUGAAUGGGGCAGGUUGAAACAGGCGAUGCUGGCCGUCGGCUUCCCACCCACUACGCAACACACCCUACAGGCUAUUAUAUCUGCUGUGCUCCUGCUGGGAAAUAUUAAAUAUAUUAAGCGCCAAGGCUACCACAGCGACGAGGCGGCCUAUAUCGAAAAUGAGGAGGUGGUGGGGUUGGUGGCGAAGCUGCUGAAUAUCAGAGCCGAUCAUCUUUCCCAGGCCCUUACUAUGAAGCGCACGAUCACGAAGAAUGAUACCGUAAUCUCGAGGUAUAGUGUAUCGGAGGCUACAAAUACGCGAGAUGCCAUGGCCAAAUGUCUAUACAAUGCCCUUUUCCACUGGAUCGUCCUCCGCAUCAAUCAACAACUUCUCAGGGCCCAGUCACCAACGAAUGGAUACUAUAUCGGAAUCCUGGACAUAUUCGGGUUUGAAGACGUUGGAGGGCAAAAGAAUUCCUACGAGCAACUUUGUAUUAAUUAUGCAAAUGAGCAUCUGCAGGCCUACUUUAAUCAGCAUAUCUUUCAAUUUGAGCAGGAAGAAUACCUAAAAGAAGGCAUCAGCUGGACGAAUAUUGAAUAUACCGACAACACGGAAUGCCUCCAUUUAUUCCAGGCAAAACCGUAUGGUAUUUUGCGAUUAAUCGAUGAGGAAUCAAAUAUUCACAACGGGACCGAUCAAUCCAUGCUUGACAAGCUGAAUCAAUUCUUGAAGAACAACGAAUUUUACGAGAUGCCCCAAAAACGUGAGAAGGCCUUCAUCGUGGCCCACUAUGCCGGCAAAGUCAAGUACCAGAUUACGGGCUUCCGGGAAAAGAACAAAGAUUUGAUGCGCCACGACGUGUUGGUGACGCUGAAAAAUUCGAAAUAUGGCGUCGUACGCGAGUUGGUCGGCUCCGAUCCGGUGGCCGUUCUAUCGUACUUUGAUUUUUUAAAAAUCCUUGGGGCUUACCGUAUUCCAGAUGGACCCUCGUACGUUCCGUUUUCCGUGCUCUUCAAGCCUUCAAACAAGCGGCCCGUACAAUCCAGAGAAGCGAAAGUGCAGGCCAUCUCGGCGUACAGGACGAGGGAGUGGCUAGAGGGAGGAGGAGCAGCGAUUCACAAUUGUCCGCAUUUUUGCGUGGAGAGUUACGACUCUCAAUCCCCGACUUCUGCGAUACGUCCGUCUUUGGCACGAUCACGUCGCAAGCUAGAAGAAGUAUGCUUCGGCCGCAAAAAGAAAGACUGUCUACGCUUAAAAGCCUACAGCUUGAUACGUCUAAUGUCAACCCUCAGCUCGGCCACCCCAUAUUUCAUCCGAUGUAUUAAGAGCAACAACGAAAAGAUAGCCAACCACUUUGAUGAGGAUAUUAUCUUGCGACAACUGAGAUACACGGGAAUGUUGGAGACGGUCAGGAUCAGAAGGGCCGGAUACAGCGUCAGGAUUGAGUACGAGGCAUUCAUCAACCAAUAUCGUAUUUUACUACCCGGUGGCCUGGAUAGUCGUGUUGAAGAUGUUCAAACUUUCAUCAGAAAUCAUCCACAAAUUCAAGAAGAAAAUGUACAGUAUGGACUCACGAAGGUAUUCAUGCGAGAUGCGGAGAAAUUGAUUUUGGACGAGUUUCUGCAUAGAACAAUUAUGCAUCAUAUCGUCACGCUGCAACGUUGGUUCCGCACGGUCCUCGCUCGUAAGAAGUAUCUACGUCUUCGCGCCGGUGUGGUUCGUAUCCAAGCGAUGUUCCGCGGGAUGCAACUCAGAAAUAAGCUACGACAGCAGAGCUAUGCUGCCAUGGUGAUACAGACGAAUUGGAGACGUUAUCGCGACGAGAUGCGCUAUAAGCAGCUCCGAACGACGAUCAUCGCACUGCAAGCGGCAUAUAGAGGAGCGGAGACCAGAAAGAGAAUCGGCGAUAUUCCCCGAAAAGGCUUCAACCGUUUCCACAUCACCAAAAUCCACACAUUCCAACUGCCGAAAUUCGACUUGACAAACCCGGCUUCAUUGGCUGAGUUUGCAACAUCUUCUGAUGAAUGCUCAUCGGAAGACGAAUCGGAUGACGGUCUCGAUUUGACACCGUCGGAGGGAGACGUUUUUGGCACUUUUCCGGACGACAACGUGGAUCUGGACGUCGAGUUUACGCUCGAGGACACCAAGCUGAAAUUGAUAGAGACCGGAGAACGCGUUCCACCGGCGGCAAAGUCUUGCUGCCACGGCGUCGACGUCAAAGCUAAAGAUGCUUCGAAGGGCGGCGAGUACGGAGAG